AUGAAUUUCUUCAAAUCAGUGUUCUCGAGUGAUCCAGACCGUUCUGAUGCUUCCUCAGAUGAGGAACCCCCAUCCGCUGCACCCCAUAGUCGGCCAGACGACGAGAAAGGAGAGAUUGAAACUACUGCAGUGACGGUGGCCGAUUCCGAGCCGAGAGAUUAUUCUAAUCUUAAGCAGAAUACUCCAUGUCCGGUUUGGAAAAGGGAGCGGGGGGCGAUCCGGGAGGUCGCCGCCCGCGCUGUUCGCGAUCUACCGUCCUCGCUGGAGGUUGGCGCUUCGGUGGCACAGGAGUCUCUGGAGUCUGUUGGACAGGCCAUCGACGAUUUUGGUGGAUCCGUGUGGCGCGGAACGGCGGAGAUUAUCUCUGAGGGUAAGGAUGCUCUCCUCUCCGCUGACUCUGACGCCGAGACGCAUUCCUCCGAUCUCCAGAAUCCUGCCUCCGCGGCCGUCGCUGCGUCGGCAUCGAAGAGGUACAGCCGGUUUGAGGCACAGGUUUUGGCGAUGCAGUCAGAUCCCAAUACUUUUUCUGAGGAGCCGGAGGACGCAGAAGAUUUCCUCAAAUGGAUGUCUGAGUUCAAGCUGGAGGGGAAGGAGGAGGAGAUUGAGACUCUUUGCUAUGACAAUGGAACUCUAGAAGACCUUUUUGAGAAGCUCGUGCCUUCUGUUUUGGAUUAUGACACAUUCUGGACACGUUAUUUUUACAAGUUUUAUAAGCUCAAGCAGGCGGAGGAUGUCAGGGCCAAUUUCGUUAAGCGGGCAAUCUUGAGGGAGGACGAGGAGGAUUUGACCUGGGAGGUUGAUGACGAUGAUGCGGAGGGGAAGGAGGAGGAGCUGGCAGAGAAGGAUGGUGAAGACGAAAGAAAUGAAGAAAUUAAAGAAGAUGAUAAAGCAAAAACGGUAGACGGGGAAAGCAGUCAGGUAGAACAUGCAGUGGAGAGGAAGGAGAAGGUUGAUACCGAUGGAAUUCAAUUUGCGCAGGAGAAGAAACCUGAUGCGGUACCUGAAGAUUUGAUCUUGAAGUUUACUACUGCGACUGAUAAUGAAAUAGCGGCACCUUCUGUUGGAGCAGUGGAUGAUGCAGAACCAGCCAGCAAGGGAUUAACUACCAAGUCAGCUGAUAAGGUACUCCCGUAUGAAAAAUCUGAGCCUGCGGGAUCAUGCAAAGAUAGCGACAUAUCUAUCGUGUCAAGCCAGACCUCUAUGCCAGAGGAAGAAGAUCUUGGAUGGGAUGAGAUUGAGGAUCUUGGCGAGCACGAUGAGAAGAAAGUAGGUAGAACCAGUUCAACAACGAAUAGAGUGGAUCUCCACAAAAGAUUGGAAGAAGUCGAGGAUCUUACUUGGGAUAUUGAAGAUGAUGAUUAGCCUGCCGAUCCUUGAACAAGUAUACAAAAGAAGUUAAUUUUGAAGGUGAUGAUGGCAGGUGAAGCCUUGGUAUGUAGGUAUAAAAGCGUCUGCAUAACUUUGGCUUUCCUCUAUCUAUCUUAUGUCUCGCUCAUUUCUAGGUUUUAUACUGGAAAUUACCAUUCGAUUACAAUGUAAUUUUAAUGUGCAUAAUCAUCCUUGCUUCUUAAUAAAUUGAAUUUCAAGUAUCUUAUC